AUGCACAUUAUUUCGCCGAUGGACAAACCACCUUCCAAUGCAUGGUCUCAGAAACUCACGCCUGUAAGUGUGGAACGUGCUCCCACUAUCUACUGUUUUGAGACAAAUGAAUCCCAAAAGCCCAAACGUAAUAGGAUCAAACGGAAACCCAAACUGCGCAAACCCCGCUAUCACAAAGUUACGUCUCUAUCCAAUAGGGAGUCGGCCAUGUACAAUUACUGGCAGGCAAUUUGGACUGACCCUGGCUACUGUGAGACUUUGAACCAAAACUGUCUGUAUUACCAAGAGAACCAACAAUAUCAUAUCCAAGAAAACUAUCAACCAGAGACGCUUCAAGAAUACUACACAAACGAUGACAGCGUACGCAAAUGCAAUCACUAUAUGGAAGACCAGCUUUCCGGGUCUCAGGCUGAAAGAUUAGUGAUAAACCAAUUGGCAUACUACUUCUCGCGGGAUAACUUGCUUAAAGAUAUUCAUCUCCGAGGCAUGUUUCACCGUGAAGACGGGACUGUAUUAUUGUCCGAAUUAAUCAAGUUUGCAAAAUUGAAAUCUUUACUUGGUGAAGAUAUCAAACGACUUGUGCAAAUCGUCAGAAAAUGCUCGUUUGUAGAGUUGAUUGAAGACGGCGGCAUCGAGAAUACGAGAGUUAGAACGCACGAUUGGCAUUUUUGGAUUCUGGAAAUGGCCCCAAAAGAACAAAUGAACUAA